UUUGCCGCCACUGUGCGCCCGGGCGCGUGUCCUAACGCGAGUGGCUUCCUGGACGUGGCGAGUGUGCGCGGCUACGUGUUGCCCUGCGGUGUCCGAUGCUUCGUGACUGAUUGCGGGAUAUGUGCUGUUGUCGCGAGAUGCUCGGCCCGAGCAGCAGUGGCGCGAGCUCCUGCUGUUGGACGACGGCUCGAGGAGCCACGGGUCAUCGUCGGGGAGCUACGCCGACGAGUGAGUUGGAAAAGUGAGGGCCAGCCAGGCAGGAAGAAGCAAAAAUAGCGGCAAUCGCUGGGGAGUGACGCCACGGGCGCACGCGUAAUUAGCGCCCGAGACAUGUGAGCGGGACGUCUUCGAGGAUAAUGAUUACGGAGCAGACCUGGAGCAUGAUGUUGGAUAGCGAUGCUGCCGGCGUUAACGAGCUGAGCAUCUCACCCCGUAAGCAGCUAUGGAUAAAGGCGGUGAAGAAGCUGACGUCGGAGCGUCUGGGCCGCGAGAGCCUCGCCGCCUGGGAGGAGGGCAAGUCGAGCAUGCAGACCGAGGAGGAGGACCAGGAGAUGGAUGACAGGACGAAGAAGUCCUCGGACGCAUCGGCCGACACGGAGGUUGGUUUUUCCGGUACCGAGAGAACUGCCACCGAUACCGAGGGUACUCGUGAUGUUUUUAAGAACGGCAUUCUCUACAAAGGCAUAUUUUGUCCAUCGUUAACCAACAGCUUCCAUAGUAAGCAGCUGGAAAAUUCGUAUCUACAAUAUUCAAAUCGACAGAGACAAAAGUCACUGAUAAUGCUGAAUAUUAUUGACCUUGGGCUGAAGAUCUGCCUGAUGUCCAUAUGGCUGUGGAGGCGGAACGAGAAGAGCAAAGGCCUCGUGGAGUCCUUGGCCUGGUCGACCUGCUGCGUGCUAUCGAACCUCUCCGUUUGCGCCCUCGGCUGGUGGCGGUGCUUCUCUAACAACUACCUCUACUGGGCCUCCAUAAUCACCUGGCUCCUCAUCAAUUCCCAGGGUUUCAUAGUGGCGGGACUUAACUUUCUCACGCAACAACGUCUCAUGUGGUACAUCCUCUUCGUGGUCUACGCCCCGUACGCGAUGCUGCCUCUACCCCUCAGGUGGUGCGUCCUGGCGGGAUUCGGCACCGCUUUCACCCACCUGCUAAUAGCCGUGGUCACUCUCCUCAACGACGCGCAUCACCACGAGGACACGUCGUGCAUCGCACGGAUGGUCGCGACGAACUUAAUCUUGUAUUUUGCCGUGAAUCUCGCUGGCAUGUACACCAAGUAUCUGACGGACCGGGGACAACGUCAGGCCUUCCUCGAGACACAUCGUUCCAUGGAGACGAGGCAGAGGACGCAGAACGAAAACAACCGACAGGAGAAACUUUUGCUGUCCGUAUUGCCGGACUUCGUGGCCAAAGAAAUGAUCAGGGACAUAGCGCGAGAAACGGCCCGUGGAGGGACCAUUUCCUUUACGCCCAACCAAUUUCACAGGAUCUAUAUUCACCGCUACGAGAACGUCAGCAUACUUUUUGCGGAUAUAAAAGGAUUCACAGCUUUGGCGAGUCAAUGCAGCGCCCAGGAGCUGGUCAAGGUACUCAACGACCUCUUCGCCCGCUUCGACAAGCUCUCCGCCGAGAACCACUGCCUCCGCAUAAAACUCCUAGGCGACUGCUAUUACUGUAUCUGCGGUCUGCCGGUCGCGAGGCCCGAUCACGCCCACUGCUGCGUCGAGAUGGGCCUCCACAUGAUAAAGGCCAUCCGGGACGUGCGCUACACUACCAAGGUCGAUCUCAACAUGCGCAUCGGUAUACACAGCGGCUCGGUCCUCUGCGGCGUCCUCGGGCUGAGGAAGUGGCAGUUCGACGUCUGGUCGUACGACGUGACCCUGGCCAACCACCUCGAGAGCGGCGGCAUACCCGGGCGAGUCCACAUAUCGGCCAACACCCUCGAGUGCCUGAACGACGCGUACGAGGUGGAGCCCGGUCGGGGCAUCGAGCGCGACAACUACCUGAAGGACCGUGAGGUCGUCACCUACCUCAUCAAGCAGGUCGAGCCCCUGCGCUCGAGGCGCCGCUAUUCCUCGCGACCCAAGAUCUGGCCCGAGGGCGAGACGCCGGAGGUCGCAGCCAGUCGCACGAGGAAGAGCUUCAAGAUGGGCAACACAACCCUGGCGACGAUCAACUCGGGGAUCAUCGCGCACUCAGCCGGGGGCAAUCCGACGGCCAACGCCGAGGACGACAUCGGUCUCGACUGGACACCUGAGAUUCCCUUCGAAAACUUAAACAGUGCGACUUCGGUGACGAAUUUAGAGUCCGAUUACCUCGAGGAUGACGCGGUUUCGACCAAGAGCGAGCAAGUGACACGUGGAUCAGGAAAUGAGAAGUCAAGCAAGGGGUUGGGAGGCAUCGAGUCUGCGAGUAACAAACGCAUGAGGCUCGCGAAUAUUAAUCCUUGGACUUUGCGUUAUAACGACGAGAGCCUCGAGUCUAAGUUUCGGCAACUUCGCGAAGACAUGUUCAAAUCGAACAUGAUUUGCUGUUUUGUCAUUUGGCUUUUCAUCGCAGUCUGUCAGGCAAUUAUUUUACCCGAUUGCAUUGUACUACUAGUAUCGCUAGCAUUAACGACAUUAUUAUUGAUCGCUUCGUCAAUCCUCGUAAUGGCCGACGAAUUCAAGAGUUUACCAACAUUUCUACAACAUUCAUCCUCAAUACUCGUACACAAUAAACAGCAUCGGACACUUUUUAUCUGCGGAGUAAUCAGCCUCAUGGCGUUAACAUCUGUAAUUGGGGCUAUUGCUUGUCCAGUGAUAAAAGCUGAUCUACUGACUUUUGAGAAGGCAGCUAAUCAGCCAGCCUUGACUUUGCCAUCGUCGAGAAGUCAGAAUCCUAAUAGAGCAGGUCUCGACAAGCUCAUCUUGAGUUUCCUUGAGGCGGCGCUGCGCGAUGACGUGACCAAUGACGAUGAGAAAUUAGCGGGGAACAAACAGAACGAUACCGCUAAAAUGUCCGAGUCGCCGGAGAGGACGAGGACACGCAGAGAAUUUUUUAGAAUUUACGGUCUUGAGAAUCAAUAUGGCGAAGAGCCGCGUAUUCGGCACCAUCGAAAAUAUCCUCGGAAGCGGCAUCAGCGUCAUUCGGAGACACCAAACUCGAUAGCCUCGCGGAAGAUUCUAUCUGCGGAAGGGCCGGAGGAAGACGAGAGGAACGUCACUACGACGAGUCCGCAUUUGGAGAGGAAGAGCUUGGAAGAAGUGCAAUGUCUCCGACCGGAGUACAUCGUAUUCACCUGGAUCCUCUGUCUAAUAGCACUUGCCUCGGCACUGAAGCUUUACUAUUUAGUAAAAACGGCCUUGGCAACGAUAAUAGUCCUGGUCUAUGCGGUCCUCAUCCUCGUCGUGUCGAAGGAUCGAUUCUCCAAUUGGAUCGAAGAGGACCAAGAUGCAAUGUCAAUACCACUCUCGGCCCAAAUGUUAAUUUUCUUGGUGAUUUUCCUCGUGAUGGUGACGUAUCAUGGUCGACUUGUCGAAGUCACAUCAAGAUUAGAUUUUCUAUGGAAGCAACAAGCUGAACGCGAGCUUUCAGAUAUGAUCGAGUCCAGGCAUAAUAAUAUGCAAUUACUGAAAAAUAUUCUCCCAGAUCACGUGGCGCAUCAUUUUCUGACUCAAGAUAAACCGUCCGAAGAAUUGUACUCGCAGUCGAGGGAUAAAGUGGGAGUUAUGUUCGCUAGUGUACCAAAUUUCACGGAAUUUUACUCCGAGGACGUGAAUAAAGGGAUGGAGUGCAUUCGUCUUUUAAACGAAAUUAUCGCGGAUUUCGAUGAAUUAUUGGAUGAAAGACGAUUUCAUUGUAUUGAAAAAAUCAAAACGGUCGGUGCAACUUAUAUGGCUGCUUCUGGCUUAAAUCCCUCACACAAAAUAAAAAAUGCUGACGACAUGGAGCACGUAUGUCGCCUCGUGGAUUACGCAGUCGCGAUGAGGCAGCGCCUCGAGGAUGUCAAUGUCCAUUCGUUUAAUAAUUUUGACCUGAGGGUAGGCAUUAGCUGCGGGCCUCUCGUGGGUGGUGUGAUUGGCGCCAGGAAGCCGGUCUUCGAUAUCUGGGGCAACACGGUAAAUGAGGCGUCACGCAUGGAUUCUACCGGCGUAAUGGGAAAGAUUCAGGUUCCUUCGGAAAUCGCCAAGUUCCUGGAGUCGAGGGGCUACAAGACGCAGAAGCGCGGUCUGAUCGAGGUGAAGGGUAAGGGCACGAUGGAGACAUACUUCGUACUUGGCAAGGGGACACUACACACCGAGGGCACCUCCAGAGACCGGAGCGGCUGUCGGAGCCUCGCCGCCGUCGUUUACGGCGUCGUCCAGGCCAGGCGCAAGCAGAUGCACGACUGCAGUUCCUAAGUGCAAUGUUUCUUUCUGUCGAGGGCUC